AUGGAGGAAGUGCAACAGCAGCCCAUUCAAUCAGUUGGUGAAGAUGGUGAAAAGGAGAUGAUGUCUAAUGGCUCAUCUAUGACACAUGAAACUCAACAAGAUGAUGAACCAGAGAUUGUGAUGGAAGGAUCUUCAUUUGUGCAUGGAGGAGCUUCUGAAGAUGAUAAAGGUCCUCCAAAAGUUGAUUCUCAAGUGGAAGUCCUCCAUGAAAAGGUUACAAAGCAAAUUAUUAAGGAAGGACAUGGUGUCAAACCAUCAAAAUAUUCAACUUGCUUUUUGCACUACAAAGCAUGGACUGAAAGUACCCAACACAAGUUUGAAGACACCUGGCAAGAGCUACAACUAGUUGAAUUGGUCUUAGGGAAAGAGAAAAAGGAAAUGGCGGGAUUGGCCAUUGGGUUGAGCUCCAUGAAAUCGGGGGAGCGAGCUGUGUUACAUGUGGGUUGGGAAUUAGGGUAUGGUGAAGAAGGAAACUUUUCUUUUCCAAAUGUGCCACCAAAGGCAGAUAUCAUCUAUGAAGUUGAACUAAUCGGUUUUGAUGAAACAAAAGAAGGAAAAGCUCGUAGUGAUAUGACAGUAGAAGAGAGAAUAAGUGCAGCCGAUAGAAGAAGAAUGGAUGGAAAUUCUUUAUUCAAAGAAGAAAAAUCAGAGGAGGCUAUGCAACAAUAUGAAAUGGCAAUCGCAUACAUGAAUGAUGAUUUCAUGUUUCAAUUAUAUGGAAAGUAUCAAGACAUGGCUUUAGGGGUUAAGAAUCCUUGUCACCUUAACAUUGCAGCUUGUUUGAUAAAGCUCAAACGCUAUGAAGAAGCCAUUGCUCAAUGUGCUAUUGUACUUGCGGAGGAUCAAAAUAAUGUGAAAGCACUAUUUAGGCGAGGGAAAGCUCGGUCAGAACUCGGGCAGACAGAUGCUGCCCGAGAAGAUUUUUUGAAAGCGCGUAAAUUUGCCCCUGAAGAUAAAGCAAUAUUAAAGGAAUUACGUGUGCUUGAUGAAGAUGAUAAGAUUGUUUUAUCAGAAACAAAAGGAGCUUUAUAAAGGCUUGUUUGGACCUAGACCCCAACCUAAAGACACCAAGAGAGUUACUAAUUGGUUGGUUUUAGUUUGGCAAUGGCUGGUUUUGUUGUUUUAUCGGCUUUUUGGGGGUAAAAUGGUCAAAACUGAAUGAUUUUGAGGAGUGAGAAUGUUGAGAUUUUAGGUUGAAAUUUGAAAGGUUUUAAUGUGGUUUAAUUGAAUGCAAAAACUACUAGAACUUGUAUAUGAACUUGUUGCUGUUGUAACAUUAUAUACGUUAUGUGUUCAAGAAAUUUACAUAUGUGGAGUUGGACUUUUUUUUA